CACUGAUGAUCAGUGUGCCCUGAUGAUCAGUGUAGCCCCAGCAGUGCCACCUGUCAGUGUCCAUCAGUGCCUUGUGUCAGUGCUCAUCAGUGCGUCGUGCGGGUGCCCAUCAGUGCCACAUCACAGUGCACAUCAAUGCCCCAUAUCAGUGCCCAUCUGAGCUGCCUUUCAGUGCCAGUCAGUGCCACCUAUCAAUGCCAACCAGUGCCACCUAUCAGUGCUGCCAAUCAGUGCCACCUAUCAGUGCCAGUCAGUGUCGUCUAACAGUGCCAGUCAGUGCCGCCUAUCAGUGUCCAUCAGUGCAGCCUAUCAGUGCCCAUCACUGCAGCCUCAUUAGCGCACAUCAGUGAAGGAGAAAAAUCACUUAUUUACAAAAUUUUAUAA